GUUCCGCCCCGCCCCCUCCCCGCUGCUGCUGCACACCGCCGGAGCUAACGUUAGAUCGGAUGCACACCAUUGAAUGAAAGUCAGCGCAGCGGGCUGUGGUCGAGAAACACCCCGCACUGUCAGCUUGUCUCGCGGUCGAGAGGACAAGGCAGCCGGCGGGAGAUAAAGCCACACGUCGGCAGAAAGGUCGGUUGCAGACGUCGGCGAGAAGGACCAGGCUGUGUGUGUGCGCGCGCGCGUGUUUGUGUGUGUGUGAGUGCGCGCGCGCGUGUGUGUGUGUGUGUGCGCGCGCGAGGCAAUGCAGCGGGUCACGGCGCGGCUCGUCGCCGGCCUGCUCGCGGCGGCGACGACGGUGGUGCUGUCGUUGCUCGCGGGGCAGUGUGGGGCGGACGGCGGGGGGCCCAGCCUCGCCGAGCGGGUCAUCUGGGCGGUGAACGCCGGCGGCGAAGCGCACGUGGACGUGCACGGCAUCCACUUCAAGAAGGACCCGCUGGAGGGGAAACUGGGCAAAGCCUCCGAUCACGGCGUCCGCCUGCCAAUUCUGCGCUCCAGUCCCGAGGACCAGAUCCUGUAUCAGACGGAGCGCUACAACGAGGACACGUUUGGAUACGACGUUCCCAUCCGCGAGGAGGGAGACUACAUACUGGUCAUGAAGUACGCCGAGGUUUACUUUGCCCAGUCCCAGCAAAAGGUAUUUGACGUCCGUCUGAACGGUCACGUGGUGGUGAAGGACCUGGACAUCUUCGAUCGAGUGGGUCACAGUACCGCUCACGAUGAGAUAGUGCCCUUCUCUAUCCGACGUGGCAAGCUGAGCGUGCAGGGAGAGGUGUCCACUUUCAACGGCAAGCUCACCGUGGAGUUUGUAAAGGGUUACUAUGACAACCCAAAGGUCUGUGCGCUCUAUGUGAUGAAGGGAACAUUAGAAGAUGUACCAAAACUUCAGCCUCACCCUGGCCUGGAGAAGCACGAGGAGGAGGAGGAGGAAGAAGAAGAUGGUGGCGAAGGAGGAGAGGAAGGUGGGAAGAAAAAGCUCCCACCUGGUUUUAAGUACAGGGUCCAGUCAGGCCCCCGAACACCGAACCCGUACGCAGCCGACAACAGCAGCCUAAUGUUUCCCAUCCUCGUGGCGUUCGGGGUGUUCAUCCCCACACUGUUCUGCCUCUGUCGGCUGUGAGCGAGAACUAGCGGUUCGACGAGACGUUAGGAGGACGAGACAGACGCGAGACUAUGAAGACAGGGGAGGGGGAGAGAGGAGGAGGAGGGGGUCAAGGUGACAACAGCAGCAGCACACGUCAAGCUGAAGGCUUGGGAGAGAAAAACCACGACAACAGAAGGAACACAAGGAGACAAUAACUUUUUUUGGAGCGCCACCUCAAGACGAAGCAAACACUGCUGGCGAAUUGUACCGUUGAGGACAGAGAGGGAGAUGUGGGAAGUGUUUGCCGUGCGCUUCUUUGUGAAUACGUUUGGCAUCCACCUCUGCUGACCCUUUUGAACAAUGUUAGUCAUUUCCACACAGAGACCGGGCGGGUUUUUACAGAGGCCACGUGUCAGCGGAUGAGGGACGCUCAGGAACGAUCGGUCCGGGCCCGUUUUAUAAACUAAAAGCAUUGUUUUGUACUGGGUGCGGCAAGGGAGCACACUGCUUAACACUCCUGUUCAGCAUCUGGUCUGCAUAGACGUAGGUUAAUAAGAAAAGAAACCAUCAGUCACACGGUCAAUGGAAACACAGUUGCCACUCGAGAGGCUCCCACUUUUCUCAGUUUGUUUAAUAUUUUGUCUGUCCGCUCAGAUCUAGUUAGUCCCGCGCUGACGCGCCAUCACCUGUUGGCCGCAAGAUGUUGAGAGAAGAACGAGACUGACGUCCAACCAGCUCUGUCGCAAGGCUGUCUGCUGUCUAACUCCGUUUGCCUUUACAUGGAUCUGGGCUGGGUUUCACAAAUUAGUAAUUUAUAGGCGCAGUAAUAUUUUGGAGAAAGUUUGUUUCUCUCUUUGCGGUUGUCGUGAUUUUACUGCUCCGACCGGGCCGCAAACCUGCGACCUCCGGUACGGGAGACCGUCGUGGCUGCAGUGCCACCCACUACGUCUCUUAAGGUGUCGACAAGCGAUGUUAACAAACUGCACUCGCAGCGUUUUGGUUUUUUUCAAUUUACAGAGCCAGGGUUGAGCCGAAUUUAGCGGGAAGCGAGGAAACAUUCUCAGAUUUUUUUUAAAACGUGUGGUGAUUUAGAAUCAGUACGCGGUGCGGACCGCACCUCACAACAGCAAACAUCACUCCCCGACACCUUAAGAGACCUGCUAUGGAACGACGCUGCGACUCGGGGGCUUUGGCCUCGUGGUUGGCGCGUCGGCCUCCCGUACCCGAGGCUGCGGGUUGGCGGUCCGGCCAGAGCAGUAGAAUCACAACAACAACAACAACAACGAAGAGUGGGACACGCUUUCUCUAAAAUCACUUACUGCCCCUUUAAGGGCCAUAAAAAGAGGGUCCUCAAGAUUAACCCCAAAUUGUUUAAUUCCUUUAUUUUAUUUUUAAGGAUGGAUCCAUUUUAAACUUAACAAGGAACCGCACAAAAAUCUCUUUCAGCGAGAGACAACAUAUAUUUCGUUGCCGUAUUUUAGGUCAACCUUGCCUUUUCUAUUUGUUUGGUUCAUUAAGCGCGCAUGCCUUUUUGUUUCACCCCAAAACAUGUCUAAUGUCUUAUUUGUUGAAAACUUGGUGGCCUGUUUUUAAUCUGACAAAAUAGCUUUAAAAUGUAAAUCUGUGAUGUCUUGGUGGUUUGGGUGUGAGAUACACUUCAAGACACCAUCAAAUGAAUCCUAGUUAAUUCAGAGGAACUGAAUGUUCCACGUUUGACACCAGUGGUGGGACAGGUAAAGGGGAAUUUCUUUUUCUUUCUUUUGGCAGAUUUUUCAGUUUCCCCUUUAACAUAUAAUGCUGUGUUGACUCUGACGGGCCUUGAACUCUGGUCCGUGUCAUCUGACGCCGGAAGAACAGGCCGCCGCCGCAGCUCGACGUAAAUGUAAUAAAUCAAAAAAGAAUCGGUGCCAACGCCGCGCACGUCUCGGACAAAGUUCAUCCACCUGCCGCGAGAGAUGAGAAAGCACAAUAUCAGUGUCGGCGGAAAAUCAAAUGUUUACCGGAUGUUCCAGAUCAACCGUUCCACCGUCUUCGCUCGGCCUUUUUCAGAUCUGCUGUCUAAAGACUCUCUUUUCCUUUCUUAAUUGUGGACUGUACCAUUUUGUUGAUUAAGUGUGAUUUUUCAGUGCAAUGAAGAUUCUUGUUCUUUUUGGAUAAAACCUUUCUCGUUGAGCCCUUGGUUUUCUUCUACAUGGCCAUAUUACCAGAAUCAACUCUGACUGUGUUAAGUCUCAGCUUCUGGACGAUGAUUUCCUCUUCUGCUUCAUGUGUGAACUGAACAGCAGCUUUGUUCCUUUUUUUUCUUUUUUCUUUCUUGUAAACCCUGCUGUUAUGUAUCUAGUUACAUCCCUCAAGUGCUCAGCUCUACUCCAAGGACAAUUUUGUAACUUUGCCUGUUUCACUAAUGCGUCUUAAAUUUCCCCAGAGGUCCCCCCCCCCCCCACACCCCCCCCCACACCCUGUCGCCAUGUGCAGCGCUUGGAAGAACGGUUAAUAAUUCAAGGUGUUCUGGCUCCUCCCCCACUCCUUGAUUCUCCUUCCCCUUUUCUGAUCGAUUGUGGGCAAGAAGUCAGUGCCAUAAAAUGCUCAGUCAGUUGUUGGCGGGUUUCUGUUGUUUUUCUUGAUUUGAUUUCCCCCCCCCCACUCAUAUUUAAUACAAACGCACCUUCUCUCCCUCAGCAAAGGUGCAAAAAGAAAAAAAAGUCCAUUAAAUUCAGCAGCGAAGUCGCCCGAUCUGUUCCUCUGCCGGUCCACACAGCUGCGUGUGUAUAUAUAUAAGGUACAAUGUCACACAUCUGAUUGUGCGACGACGGUUUUGAUCAUCACUUUUGGGGCUGUAGGCUAAGGUGUUAGGGGUUUGGUCUUUUUUUUUUUCCUCAUGAGGAAGACUCUGGCCUUUCUUCUGGGGAGGAACGGUGUUUUCUUGUUUUUUUUGUUUUUUUGUUACAGAAUAUUAAAAAAAUGAAAUAAAUCCACGGGCGGCCAGAUGAGCCGACUGUCGGGGAAAGACAAAUAAAAGAGAUUACGUCUGAACAUGUGGGAUCUUCCAUUCUAUUCUAUUACGUUUAAUUUAAAAUCAGAGUGGGGCUGAUCUGGAGAUAUUUUAUAAUUCACUUUUGGAGUUGUAUGUUUGAAUUUUUUCCUCAGGAUCUUUUUUUUUUUUGUUUUGUCUUUUGAGUUUUUAAAACGUGAUAUUUUAUUGGUGUGACAUAUUGCACUGCCUCAUGUAUUUUUUAAAAAUCAUUUUGUUGUGUGUUUUGUCUCUGUUGCCUUGAAUUAUUGAAUACAAACGUGCUUUACCAUCA